AUGAAACCUAUCACACCCAGUGAAGAAUGGGACUGCGAACCCCCUAGUCCCCACCCCACCCUUCCUUCCUCUCUCGGGGGGCUAAAAGUCUGCCACGAGGAAACCCCAGCAGCAACGGCCGGACCUGGCAGCCUUCCCUGGGAGAUGCAGCUCCUCCUCGUCCUGGUGGCCCUUCUCCUGCCCCCUGCGGCCAGAGCAGCGGAGAUCAUCGGGGGCCGAGAGGCCAUACCCCACUCCCACCCCUACAUGGCAUAUCUUCUCGUUGAAACACCACCACGUCAGAGCUUUUGUGGGGGGUUCCUGGUGCAAGACGACUUUGUGAUGACGGCAGCUCACUGCUGGGGAAGCACUAUAAGAGUCACCCUGGGGGCCCACAACAUCAGGGAUUUUGAAAGCACCCAGCAGCGCCUGUCUGUGCUCAGAGCCAUCCGCCACCCUGGGUAUAAUGAGCAGAACAACCUGAAUGACAUCAUGUUACUGCAGCUGCAAAAUAGAGCCAGACAGAAUCGAUUCGUGAGGCCAGUGGCUCUGCCUCAGUCUCGGACCAGGCUGAGACCUGGGUCCCAGUGCACUGUGGCUGGCUGGGGCCUGAUCAGCGAGAACUGGCGAACAGACACACUCCAUGAUGUGCAGCUGAGGGUGCAGAGGGGUCAGGUGUGCAGCAAUCUCUUUGAUGACUACAACGACCAAAGGCAGAUUUGUGUGGGGAACCAGACCGAUGAGAAGACCACAUUCCGGGGAGACACCGGUGGCCCCCUUGUGUGUAACAAUGUGGCUCAGGGCAUUGUUUCCUAUGGAAGAAGCACUGGGGCUCCUCCAACAGUCUUCACCAGAAUUGCUCGCUUUCUGCCCUGGAUAAAUAAUACACUGAGACAAUUUGAACCUAUGGGAUCACACUGA